AUGAAAGAGACUCACAACUACACUAUCAUAAAGGUGGUGCAAGAUGAAAACCUAGAAAAACAUAAUAUAUGUUUUGAUCUUGUGGCCCUUGACAAGGUGAAAAGUUUCAAGGUUGCAAAGGUUACAUCAUUUCAUCGUUUCAAGAAAAAGCUAGCUACUGUGUUUGGCAUACCAGUUAAAUUCCAACGCUAUUGGGUAUUUGCAUGGUGGGAAAACCAGACCAUUCGACCAUCUCGGCCAUUGACAAACAUCGAGGAAUUAGGAUCGAUUGGACAGUUGACAGUAGGAAUCCAUGAAGAAUUUAAUUUGGUAAACGUAGACGAAUUAACAUUGUUUCUGGAAGUGGAGCGUGGGCCGGACUUAUGUCCCGUCGCACUUCCUAACUUGGGAAAGAAUGAUAUAUUACUUUUCUUCAAGUUGUAUGAUUUUGAAAAAGAGACACUACGUUAUGUUGGAAGGCUCUUUGUGAACCGUAAGGGUAAGCCAAUGGACAUUUUAGCAAGAUUAAAUGAAAUGGCUGGUUUUGAUCCAGAUCAAGAGAUUGAACUUUAUGAGGAAAUUAGCUUUAAACCAGAUGUGAGUUGUGAAACUGUUGAUAAGAAACUUACCUUUAAAGAAAGCGAGUUAGAAAAUGGUGAUAUUAUAUGCUUUCAAAAAUCUUUGGCUAUGAAUAGUAAGAGAUAUAUUCCUUUUCCUGAUGUGCCUUCAUACUUGCAAUUUGUGCACAUUGGUAAGGUGAGAUUAAAAAUCUCGGGGGAGCAAAACAAAAUCAAUAUAGCUGAAGAAGCUGAAGAAGCUAAUGUUCACAUAAACACUGCAGUUCAACAGUCAGAAGUGGACAUUGAGACCACUAAAGAUGAAAAAUCCAGCAAAAGAAGCAAUUCAGAGGUAAACAUCGUAGACUCGGAUGAAGUUGAUGCUUUGAUAGAAGAUGAUGUCAUUGAUGUGAUCGACAGAGUUUUAUCGGAAGAAAUUACCAUUUCACUGCGAUCUCAGCAUUCUUUCCUAGAACAAGAAGCCAGGAAAUUGGAUCCAAACCUCCCUCAGCAACUUCUUGUGGAAUUGAGAGAUAUUGCCUUCAAAGAAGACUUGGUUGAAAAUCUUAAAAAAGGGUCCACGCCAAAAGAUAACUUCAACUUCAAUGCGGUCAAGGAAAGAAUUGAGGCCAAUGCAGAUGCGUUCUCCUCUUGGCAAUUAGAACAUGUUAAUCUCACUGUUAACCUUCUCAAUAAAAUUGUGAGUAUGUUUGACAAACUUGAAAAUUUGAAUAAAGAGUGUAACACAGCAAAAAAGUGCACAGAAGAAGAUAACCAAGAAUUGAAGAGGAAAAGGCAGAAAAUACUGGUUUCAAAAACUUCCAUCACCAACCACCAAACACAACUCAAAUCUCUAGAUGUUCAGAUUGCUGAUCUUAAAGGGAAACUUGAAAAAUUACAAGGUGACAGGGUUAAAAUGGUUGAGAUGCAAGAUCAAGAGAAAGAUAUGAUCACGUCUUUCAAUAAAGAAGUUAAAUCGAUUAUAUAUCGCCUCGCUGAUGAUAAAAUGAAGUUGAAAAGUGUUGAAUGUAAUAUCUUGGAGGCUCAAACUGAAUUAGAAUGUCAUGAGAAGGUCUACAAGACCUUUAGGACAAUUCCUCCAUUUUGA